AUUUUUAAAAUAUUCCUGGCUCCAUUUGCGGGGAAGAAUUCCCUGGACGGAAUUUUAAAUCGGCCAUAUUCGUUAAAAAUUCACUCUGAGACUAGAUAUGUUAGUGGAAAUGAAAUGAUAUAGCUGUUAUCAUAGAACGCAGUUGAAAAUGUCGCUGAAGACCGCCAUUUUGUUUGCCAUUUUUUAUUUCAUUCCCGCCAAUUGUCAAGAGAAUGUUUUCCAAGAAAAUCGUCGUUUAGCUAAAGCAAUCGUAGAAGCAUUACAAGAUACUAAUUUCGACGAGGAACUGGUCUUCGACCUGAAGAAGGAGAACCAGGUGUAUCUCAAUCGCACCAUGUCACUGAUCAUCAAAUAUAUUGUGAAAAGGGAAGUUGAUAAUUACCGCUCGAGGCGAACCGACGCCAUCAGCCGGCGCGUCUACUCCGCCCUCAUCAUGAAACUCAUUGACAUCGCUAAGGACCUGCCGCGCAACAAUAGCGCCGCGACUCGAAUAGACACCGCACAUCGUUACUACAUGUCCGUCGAGAGCAAAGACAUGCACGACCAGAUGGCUGAUGCGCAAGUUUUUCACGCAUGUGCGCGUCUGUACGAUGUUAUGUUGACCACGCCUAGAAUAAUGGCCGAGUUGGGUGGCGUAGAUGAUUUGACGCCUAAAAUAUUGAUCAAGAAACUCAAAAACUUGGAAAUAAAGCCGGUGCAUCUUGGAGUCGCUUUACUUAUUCAAUAUCAUCUUCGGAACACAAUAAACUUUGCAAUUCGAGUUAAAUCCUUGGAGGUUCUGGCAACAAAGCCUCAGAUGGUGGGGCCUCAAGUUAUCGACAUGCUGAAGGCACUAGCAUCGAGACUAUUACCGGUUGCUGAACUAUUGGACGUACAUUUGGCCCAUUCGAGUCCUGCGUUUAAAGAUACAUGUCCCUCCACUUGGCUCGGAAUUGUUAAUAAUAAACAACCUUGA